AUGUCCCUGCCGGAGGACGACCUGACGUGUCCCGUGUGCUGCGACAUCUUCACCGACCCGGUGCUGCUGUCAUGCAGCCACAGCUUCUGCAGGACGUGUCUGAAGCGCUGCUGGGAGACGUGCUCACGAGAGUGUCCCGUGUGCAGGAAGAGAGCCGCCAAGGCCGCCCCCCCCACCAACCUGGCCCUGAAGAACGUGUGCCAGGCGGUGCUGCAGGUCCGGGGCCGGGCGUCCGUGGCGCUGGACGAGAGGACGAACUGCACGCUGCACGGGGAGAGGCUGAAGCUGUUCUGUCUGGUGGACCAGGAGGCCAUCUGUGUGGUGUGUCAGGCGUCCAAACUUCACAAGAGCCACGACUGCUCGCCGGUGGAAGAGGCCGUGCUGGAGUGUAAGGAUGAACUUGCUUUAACCCUCAAACUCUUGCAAGAGAAAGUGGAAAACCUCAUAGAAAUUCAGCGGACCUCCAAGGAUAUCUCAAAGUUCAUCAAGAAUCAGGCGCUAGAAACGCAGAGACUGAUCAGGAGCCAUUUUGAGCAGCUGCGUGAGGAGCUCUGUCAGGAGGAGUCGGCCAGACUAGCUGCUGUGAAGCAAGAGGAAGAGGAGAAGAUCACGGGGAUGAAGGAUAAGAUCAAGGAACUGUCAGCUGAAGUGCUGUCCCUCACCGAGACCAUCUCCGUCCUUCAGGAGCAGCUGCAGGAAGAGGACAUGGUCCUGCUGAAGAAUUUUAAAGCCACCAAGGACAGAAGCGAAAGCAAUGUGCUUGGUUCAGAAAACAUGUCUGGAUUACUGAUUGACGUGACCAAUCAUCUGUGCAACCUCAAGUACAGAGUGUGGGAGAAGAUGCUGGACCACAUUGAUUACACUCCAGUGACUUUGGACCCGAACUCAGCUCACCCCUGCCUCAUCCUGUCCGACGGCCUCACUUCCCUCCACUAUGUAAAGCACUCCGGCCGUUGCCCUGACAACCCAGAGCGCUUCCACAUUAGCGCUGAAGUGGUCGCCAUGACUCCGCUCGGGUCAGGAAGUCACCACUGGGUCGUGGAGACAGGAAGUAAUCAGGACUGGCUUCUGGGCGUGGCCUCUCUGUCCGUGCCCAGGGACGCUGAGGUCUCCGCUCGGCCUGAAAACGGCUUCUGGACUUUGUGCUUCCGGGACGGAGAGUUCAGGGCGAUGACCUCCCCCCCCACCACGCUGACACUCUCAAAGACGCCAAAACAAAUCAAAGUGCACCUGGAUUACAACAAGGGGACAGUGUCUUUUCUGGACCCUGCUGACAACACAGUCAUUUGUGGAUUCACCCACACGUUCACCGAAACUUUACUUCCAUAUUUUUACACACAGAGCAGUCAUCCACUUAGAAUAAUGCCAGAGAAGGUUCUUGUCACAAUGUUGCGUCAAUAACUGACUGAAUGAAUAACUUGUUGUGUAAAAAAACACCACCUCAGGUCAGAGAUGAGAUGGUUUGUCAUGGUAACAACAAGGAA